GUUCUACAUUAUAUCGACGUUUUAGCUCAGAAAAAUCUACACAAACGAAACCAUUUUGAAAUAAAAACACGAAUAAAAUAGCGUUCAAAUGUAAAUCCAAAGAGAUUAAGUAAUCUCGUUCCAGCCAUUCCAUGUCUACCCAAUAAAGACACCAGUACCGUAGAUACGUAUUCCACAAGUUAAGAACGCGGUAACUACCAUAAACCAUUCUAUUGCCCACUUACAGCUGACCAAGGCUUCUUGGCAUGGGAAGAAAAGAAGUCGAAACGAAGCUGAUUUGCGGAUUCCCGUCCCGCCCAACAUUAGCCCCGCCUACGGUUCUGGGCGGCUGGCGCGAAAACCCUGGAUUUAUUGCCAGUAUGCACCGAGUCGUCGACAAGGACGCUCCCGAAUUGUCAGUUACCGUAUGUUAGUUUACGAGUGUAUGCGGAGCUGGAGUGAACAGGAUGAGCUCCGUGCAAGAAGAGAAAGUUCCUACCGAGGGACCAAAAACUCAUGUACGGGAGUUGAGGAAUACUGAAUUGGUCUCGCGUCUUCUAGCAGCCACUCCACCUUACCUCUACAGCGCUUUACCGCUUCAGCCACAUGCAUUCUUCUUCAGUGAAAUGCUUCGGUCUUUUGUGAAUGCACGUCACGGCUGCAGACCUCCGCACUACCAUCGCCGCUUUAAGCGCCGAACUCACAAAUAUUUCGCCGAAAAUGAGAACGAUUGGCGACGUGAGUGGCCUAAACAUGAGGAAGAGAAGAAAGAGUCAGAGACGCGGCCUGAAGUUCCUUUGGAGCUAACUGUGGACAAACAUACGAGGGUCCGGGAGCCAUCACCGCGCAGAUUAUCUCCAAAGGCUGAACAGGCUAAGCCGAGCAGCAGCCCUGAUCCACCAGGUCGACAGUCAUCUUACGUAGACGUAGGAACAGAAGAACUUCCAAAGCCUUCUCCAUGCGUCGGUCGAAGCACUGAGACGUCAGCAGUACCACAAUCAAACCUAAUUCUCCCCCCACCUCCACCAAUGUGGUACCCACCUCUUUACAAUCCUGGAGGUUUCGGUGUAGAUCCAUUGAACUUCUUCAUAGAUCUACGUGUGUCUGGACACAUUUACGAUAGGAAGAGGGCUUUGGCUGAAGGGGUGGAGAAUACACAAGACCCUGCUAGGGAUGAUGGUUUAGACAAGAGGCUUGCUAGAGACUUUGUUCAGCGACCUCGACAUGUGUCAGCGUUCUCUGUUCCAGUUCGCUCAAGCAAUGUUCCAGAAUCAGAGAAGUAUUUUGAGCUGUCUGGUGCGAAGGUAGCAAGCAAUGCAAAUGGGACGUCGUACAUCAUGAGGAAUCUCAAACGGGUGUACGAAGAUGUUCAUAAUACGCAAGACGUCAAAGACAAUGCCAAAGUCAGCAAGAAUGAUGAUACCAAAGCCGAGUCGUCAGAUGUUGACGAUGAAGAUAUUAUAGAUUAGAAAUAUUUAUCUAAAUGUAAUCUAUUUGAAUAUAAUUAGGUAUUCAUAGCGUUUUGCUUAAACAUUUUUGAAAGUAUAAAUGUUACUGAAACUUUGAAGCCUUAACAAACCAAAAUCAUUAUUAAGGACACAAUCUGGAAAUUGGUUUUUACAUUGACGAUAAGUCGGAAUAAAUUGAAACUAAAAUAGUCAUUUUGUUGUUACCUACAUAUUUAUUCAUAUUUCCGAUUUAUAUGGCAUGCCAAUCCAAUUUAUAUGGCAUGUUUGUACAGUCAAAGGUCAAAAGUCCACUGCCACCGUGAGUGAUGUUCACACGGCAAUGCGUAAGUAAUUU